UCCACCCGUAUAUAAAUAUGGGUAGAGCCCGUCUCUGUUUUUCUUUAACUCAUUUCACACACCUAAAAGCCAAGAAAGAAGGAUAGUAAGAAGAAAUGGUUAAGAAAGUUGUGGUAUUGGCUGCCUUCUUCUUACAUCUUUGUUCCAACCUAAUUGUUAGAAGUGGCGCUGCAGGCUCCCCGCUGAAGUCUCUGCCCGGGUUCGAUGGCCCGCUGCCCAUCGAACUCGAAACCGGGUAUUUAGGAGUAGGAGAUUCUGAAGACGUACAACUCUUCUACUAUUUCAUCAAAUCAGAGUCUAAUCCCAACUCAGAUCCCCUCUUGCUUUGGCUGACCGGAGGACCCGGUUGCUCUUCGCUCUCUGGCCUACUAUAUGAGAACGGACCUCUUAUGUUCGCACCUAUGAAUAUUAGUAAAAAGUUCCCAACUUUGCUAUCAAACCCUAACUCAUGGACAAAGGUGGCGAACAUUAUUUUCUUGGACUUGCCGGCAGGAACAGGAUUCUCUUACGCAAAAACUAAAGCAAAUAAUGAAUCGAAUACAACUCAAGCUUGUCAACAAGCUUAUGAAUUUCUUCUUAAGUGGCUAGUUGAUCAUCCAGAGUUUGUUUCAAAUCCAUUCUAUGUAGCGGGUGACUCAUAUGCUGGCACAUUUGUUCCUGUCAUUACUCAAAUCAUAUCGGAUGGGAAUGACAAGAGAAUAAACGCCAAAAUCAAUAUCAAGGGAUAUGUACUUGGCAAUCCAUACGCGGCUGCCGACUAUUUCCAUUACAAAAUCCCUUUUGCGCAUAGGAUGGGACUCAUUUCAGAUGAACUUUUUGAGUCUUGGAAGAAGAGUUGUGAAGGGGACAUACUUGACUUUCUAAGGCCACAAAGCGUCGAGUGUUCUGAAGUCGUUCUAAAAAUAAAAAAGGUGAUCUCCGGAAUCAAUCCACUACAUGUAUUAGAACCCCUCUGUCUUGAACCUGAAUUGAGGUCCCAAAAGGGGUUUGCCCACACAAGGAGACUUCUUGAAAAGUUUAACCACCUCACCCGCACUGUUCCAUCAUCGAAAUAUUGUCGGUGGCUAAUGUAUACUUUGGCUGAAUUUUGGGCGAAUGAUGAGAGCGUUCAAGAGGCACUCAAUAUAAAAAAGGGGUCUAUUGGAAAAUGGGUACGAUGCAACAGUGAUUUGGAUUAUAUUGGAACAACAGAGGACAUAGUUCCAUAUCAUCAAAAUCUCAGCGCUAGAGGCUAUAGAUCACUAAUUUACAGUGGGGAUCACGACCUUGUUAUUCCCUUCAUUUCCACACAAGCAUGGAUACAAGCUCUCAACUAUUCUAUUAUUGAUGAGUGGAGGCCAUGGAUUGUUGAAGACGAAGUUGCCGGGUUUACACGGUUAUACUCAAACAACAUGACAUUUGCAACAGUGAAGGGGGCAGGUCAUACAGCUGCUGAGUACAAACCUCAUGAAUGCCAAACAAUGAUAAAAAGAUGGCUUUCUAAUGAUCCACUAUGAUAAAUCUAUCAUUAUAAGCAAUGUGAUAAACGCAUUUUAAAUGUUUCAAAUUGAGACGUACACUUGCAUGCCAAACCCCUCUUGAAGCUGAAAUAGUGAUCUUCAAAGUAAGUUAAAUUAAAUUAC